AAAAUGUAAUCUCAAAAAAUAAUGUUUUGUUCAAAAUGUUGGCCGAGGGCGAUCCGGUCAUUUUAGGAAACAGAAAAAAAUAAAACAGGGGAGGAGCACCGUUUUGACUCCUUGUGUUUCUAGGGUUUUUGAAGAAGUAGUCUCCAAACCCUCGCAGGGUUGUACUCCGUGAAGCUUCGGUUGUACGUUCAAGAAACUCAUCGACAAUGGACAAGAGCAUGCUCGGAGAUCUGGACGCUCUUCCCGAGGAGGAUAAGCUCCGAAUGUCUUCCAUGAUCGACCAGCUCCAAAUCCGCGACAGUUUAAGGAUGUAUAAUACACUUGUGGAAAGAUGUUUCACCGACUGUGUCGACACAUUCAGGCGCAAAACUCUAGAUAAGCAAGAAGAGACUUGUGUCCGCAGAUGUGCGGAGAAAUUCUUAAAGCACUCUAUGCGCGUCGGCAUGAGGUUUGCCGAGCUAAACCAAGGAGCUGCCACACCAGAUUAAGAUGCAGUCACAGACCUUUUCCGUUGGUAGGCGUUGUUCCUACUUGCCAACUUUGAGGGCAUUCCAUUACAUUAAUAGUUUUUGAAGAUUUGCUUUGGUUAGGACUUAUUACUAAUGCUACUUAUUUGGACGCAAUAAGGUAAGAUAUCGUUUCUUGUAACGUUAUUGAAGCUGUUACAGACUCCCUGCAGCUUAUUCUUUUCAAUUUUGAUUAUGUCAAAUAUUGUUAUAUGAGAUUAUCAAUAUUUGGUUUUUAGUAACAUUUAAAUAUUCCGAUUCUA